AGGAGGCAGUGGGUGGUGGCGGCGGCGGCGCGGGCGCCUGAGGAGGAGGAGGAGGAGAAGCGGAUGAGGAAACUGCAGGACUCGCCAGAGUCGCACACAGCUUCUUGGGCACAGAGCAAGCACAAGGCCAGGCACUCCACUUCCUGCUCCUGCUUUGCCCUCACUCUCCACUCUUCACCAGAGGCAGUAUGGUCCAAGGGGCACCAUGGGGCCCGACAGAGUGACAGCCCGAGAACUGUGCGAGAAUGACGACCUGGCCACCAGCCUCGUCCUUGACCCCUACCUCGGCUUCCGCACCCAUAAGAUGAAUGUCAGCCCCGUGCCCCCCUUGCGGCGACAGCACCACCUGCGCUCAGCGCUGGAAACUUUCCUGAGGCAGCGGGACCUGGAGGCUGCAUACCGGGCCCUGACGCUGGGAGGCUGGAUGGCCCACUACUUCCAGAGCCGGGGCCCGCGGCAGGAGGCUGCCCUCAAGACCCACAUCUAUCGCUACCUCCGCGCCUUUCUGCCUGAAAGCGGCUUUACCAUUCUGCCCUGCACUCGAUAUUCCAUGGAGACCAAUGGGGCCAAGAUUGUGUCCACCCGUGCUUGGAAGAAGAAUGAGAAGCUGGAACUUUUGGUGGGCUGCAUCGCAGAGCUGCGGGAAGCGGAUGAGGGGCUGUUGAGAGCUGGUGAGAAUGACUUCAGCAUCAUGUACUCGACCCGCAAGCGGAGUGCCCAGCUGUGGCUCGGCCCUGCUGCCUUCAUCAACCACGACUGCAAACCUAACUGCAAGUUUGUGCCCGCAGAUGGGAAUGCAGCCUGUGUGAAGGUGCUCCGGGACAUCGAGCCAGGGGAUGAAGUGACAUGCUUCUACGGUGAGGGCUUCUUCGGCGAGAAGAACGAGCACUGUGAAUGCUACACCUGUGAGAGGAAAGGCGAAGGAGCUUUCCGACUACAGCCCAGGGAGCCUGUGCAGCAGCCACGGCCCCUGGACAAGUAUGAGUUCCGAGAAACCAAGCGGCGGUUGCAGCAAAGCCAGGUUGGCAGCCAGCAGAGCCUGCUGGGUCCUCAGGCCUGUGCCCACCCCUCUCCACUGCAGCAGGACCCAUUCUGCGCCGCCUGCCAGCCCCUGCGCCUGCUGCCCUGCAGCGCCCGCCCGGAUGCCUUGCCCCUCUGGCUCCAGUGGCUGCCCCAGUCCCAGCCCCGAGUGCGCCCCCGGAAGCGCCGACGCCCUCGGCCUCGGCGGGCCCCAGUGCCCCCCGCCCUCCAUGCUGCUCGUGUCUCCCUGCACCAAUGGGGAGGCUGUGGCCCCCACUGCCACCUGAGGGCGGAGGCCCUGGUGGCUCUGGGCCCACCUGUCCGCACCCGCUGGGCCCCCCAGCAAGACUGGCACUGGGCUCGGCGCUAUGGGCUGCCUUAUGUGGUGCGUGUGGAUCUUAGCCGCCUGGCCCCAGCCCCUCCAGCUGCCCCUGACCCCCCCGGGACUCUAGGUCCCGACCCCAUCCCCAAGCAAGCCCUCGCCUUCGCCCCCUUCUCCCCACCCAAGCGCCUGCGGCUGGUGGUCAGCCAUGGCUCAAUUGACCUGGAUGUCAAUGGGGAUGAGCCAUGAUGGGCUAGACAGGGAGGCCUGGUCCCCCCUUUCCCCUGGACCUCCAGAAGGAGCCCUUGGACCUCGGAGAGGGAGCAGACCCUGGACCCCAGCACAGAUCUGACCCUGGGAGGGGGUUGAAUUGGACAUCUCCAGGGAUCUGAACCCUGACCUUUUGUGACUGCUGACCCCUGAGCCAUCCCUACCCGUGAAGGGAGCUGUGGACAUUUGCUGUCCUCCCUGCCCCUGCCCCUGCCUCAGGACUGCAGGAGCCAUCCUCCUUCCCUCAUCCUCUUCCUCCCCAGGGAGCAAAGCCAUAAGGGGGUGGGGGCCACCCCAUGGCGUCUCCCCAGAAGCCCAGGCCUCAUGAGGAGGUGGAGCUGAUCCGGGGGGUGGCACUCCAUAGAGACUGCCCUCAUGGAGGAGAGUGGGUUUGCUCUCAGCUCUGCAGCUGUCUGAGGUUGGCAGGGAGAAGGUUGGCAGGGGGAGUGUUUGGGGGCAUGUCCUCCUCACCGCCACUCCCCCUCUGUGGGUCUCAGGGAGGCCGGGUGCGACCUCAUCUUUCUAUGGUGCUAUCCCUGGUGCUACUGGGGUGUGGGGGGCUCCCUCCCCUUCCCCACACCAGAACGGGGUAUGUUGGGGGAUUGAAAGCACUUGAACUUUUUAUUUUAUUAAAACCUUGUUAUAAGCA